AUGGUGGCAGAGCUCUACAUCUACGGUAGCGCCUUUGGGCUACCCUCGAUCGACCCCCAGUGCCUGGCCCUGAUCUCGUACCUCAGUAUCGUUUCGCACCAGGAGUACACCAUCGUCGAAUGCAACGACGUCGGCAUCUCCCCCACCGGCGAGUUGCCCAUGUUCCAUGACGGCAGGAACUGGAUCGCAGGAGCCAACAGAAUCAUUGCCUACCUCUCCAGAACUGGCUACAACGCUAACGAGGACCUGUCGGCCGAGGAGCUGGCCAAGUCCGUUGCUUACUCAUCUCUUGUCGAUGAGUCCUUGACAGAUGCCAUUCUAUUUUCAUGGUUCGCCGAUGCAGACAACUUUUUGGGCGCGACUCGCAAGGCAUAUUCGAAUCUGUUCUCGAUCCCCUCAAAGUAUAUUUUGCCGAUCCAAAUGCGCAAGGCUGCAGUUCAACGCGUCCAGAAAUAUGGCGGCACGGUUGAGUCUGGAGCCUUGACUCAUGCCGACAACACCAAGAUUUAUGAUCUGGCAAGGGAUUGCUACCGCGUCUUGGAUAGGAAAUUGGGCGAGAACGAGUUUUUCUUUGGAGUCAAGCCUACAUCCUUGGAUGCUAAGGUCUUUGGAUAUCUCGCACUGCAGCUCUAUCCCGAGAUUCCUAACCCACGAUUUCAGAUUAUUCUCACCACCCAGUUUCCACGCCUGGUUGCGUACUGUGACCGGUGCCGUGAAGAGUUUUUUGCCAACCUUCCGGACUCAACCUUACCAUCAGAGCCCUCGCCCUUCUUCACUAACCCGAUCUCGGCACCCAAGGAAUGGUUCAGGAACAUGUUCCUGACUCCGGCUGCUACACCAUCCACAUCACAGCAUUCUACGACAGAAGGAGAUGGGAAGCCCAAGAAGACAAAGGAGGAGCGGGAUUUUGACUUGAAGAGGAUUUACGCGGUGACUUUUGGCGUUGUGGCCAUGAUCGCGUAUGUAAUCGUCAACGGCUUGGUCGUGGUCGGUAACGAGGAUGACGAAGGGGAGGAAGGAUACUAUGUGACCGGGCAGACUGGGUUGGAGGAUGACAUCCACAUGCCGGCGGACGAUUUCGACAAUUAG